AUGUCUAAGAAGGAAGAGGAAUUGAGAGAUUUGAUUGCGAUGAUUGAAAGGAACUCCCAGAUUCGACAGGCACAAGCUAUCCUAUGCAUGCGUUGCGGUGAAGUUUAUCCAGCCGCGGAAGCUGGCUACAUGACGCUCAAGGGAACCCAUAAAGGUGGGAAGGACGGCGCUCUUGAUUUUGGUCGGCCUGCGUUGGGUCACCCACUAAGUCACAGGCCCCCUCCCCACGGUGUUCUCGAAGAAAAAAAGUCAACAUCGAGUCAGCAUAAGCACAUGAGAGGCAGUAAGUAG